CGUCGAUUCAAUUCGAUUUCGCCUUCUGAUUAAACCCUACUUCUUCCGACUCCGAUUCUCCUCCUGCAUUGCUGCUUCUUUGUGUUUCAAUCUCGAUCUCGUCUUCUAUAUCGCCUUGCGCUGUUAGUGUAGAAACAGAGAGAGAAGGGAGAAAUGGCGCGUAACGAGGAGAAAGCGCAGUCGAUGCUGAACCGGUUCAUAGCCCUCAAGGCGGAGGAGAAGAAGAAGCCCAAGGAGCGCCGCCCUUACCUCGCCUCCGAGUGCCGUGACCUCUCGGAGGCCGACAAGUGGCGGCAGCAGAUCAUGCGUGAGAUUGGCCGCAAGGUCGCCGAGAUCCAGAACGAAGGCCUCGGCGAGCAUCGCCUCCGCGACCUCAACGACGAGAUCAACAAGCUCAUCCGCGAGAAGUCCCAUUGGGAGCGCCGGAUUGUCGAGCUUGGCGGCCCCAAUUAUGCCCGCCAUGCCGCUAAGAUGACCGAUUUGGAGGGCAAUAUCGUCGACGUUCCCAACCCUAGUGGUCGCGGCCCUGGCUAUCGUUACUUUGGUGCUGCUAAAAAGUUGCCUGGUGUGCGGGAAUUGUUUGAGAAGCCACCAGAAUUGAGGAAGAGGAGGACAAGGUAUGACAUAUACAAAAGGAUUGACGCUAGCUAUUACGGGUACAGGGACGAUGAGGACGGUGUGCUGGAGAGAGUAGAGGGGCCAGCAGAAGCAAAGAUGAGGGCGGAGGCAGUGGAGGAAUGGAAGAGGAUGGAGGAAAUCAGGCUGGAGGCGAAGAAGGCUGUGAAGAGCGGGGAAGUAGUAAACGUGAAGGAGGUGCUCUUUGAGGAGGAGGAGGAUGUGGUCGAGGAAGAAAGAAGUAGGGAGAGGGAGAGGGAGGAGAAAGAAAGAAAAGAGAAGGAGAGGGAGUUUGUGGUUCAUGUGCCACUGCCAGAUGAGAAGGAGAUUGAGAGGAUGAUCGUGGAGAAGAAGAAGAUGGAGCUACUGAGCAAAUAUGCGAGCGAAGAACUGUUGGUGGAACAGACUGAGGCUAAAGAAAUGCUGAACAUUCAGCGGUGACUUGGUUUAUGAUUCUCAGCGGUUAGCCUAAAGUUUUUCCUUCUGUAAUAGAUUGAGAUAUUAGCCAAUGUCAAUUCUUGGUGGUAUGGUUCGUGUAAGUAUCAUCUCUUAAAUUGCAUCUACUGCUUCCUGUUCUGACUUUGUGCCUGGGUUAUUUUGUUAAGUAUAACUUCUCACAAAGAAGAUGAUUCCAUGAUACGACCUGAGUUUUGUGCGACUAUAUGUUAGAGACUUCAGACAUGCAUCGCCAAUUUCUCUUGAAAAA